CCUGGAGAGACAAACAGGAAGAAAGGGGUAUUUUCCAAGAGUAAAGAGCGCAUGUUGUCCAAGAGAGUAUAGAGUUGUAGUCUUGCAGUACAUGCAUAUAUGCAUAUAUACAUGUACAUUUAUAAAUGGCUAAGUUCUUAUUCUUGGGAGUCCAAAUGAUGUGGACUGGAGUACUGGUGCUCUUUUCUCUGGAUCUCUGGGUAUCUGCUGAUGAGCUGGGACGUCCUACAAUAUUCUGGUGGGACAAUGAUAUCCAGGUCAAAAACGACAACAAUCAAGAAUCAUGGAGGCAUAUUUUCAGAAAGUAUUGUGAUUCCACACACAUUAAGGACUGUGAUCGUGGUUAUUACAGGGAGAGAAGUGGACCGCAUAAGGGACGAUGUGUACCUUGCAACUGCAAUGGCCUGUCCUAUGACUGCGAACCACACACUGGAAAAUGUCUGAACUGCCAGUUCAAUACAGCAGGCGACCACUGCGAGCGUUGUAUGGAGGGUUACUAUGGCAGCGCCUCUCUGAGAACCUGUCGUAUGUGUCCAUGUCCCUUAACAGACCCAUCGAACAGUUUUGCGAUCGGAUGUCUCUGGGUUGGAGAUGAGUUUGAAUGUUUGUGCAAACCUGGUUACUCUGGGGUUCGAUGUGAAAGGUGUGCGCUUGGAUAUUACGGCAGCCCUUUAGUAGAAAGAGGUAACUGUCAGCCAUGUGACUGUGACUACGGUUAUGUAUGUGACCCGCAAACAGGCGAUUGUUAUGAGGCUGAUGACCCACACACUGGCGACUGCUACGAGUGCGAUAUCUGUGUCAUUAAGUUAAUGGAUGAUCUUGAAGCGAAUGAUGAUGAGUUCUCCACACUGAAGAACCAACUUGAGUCAUUUAGUCGGAAUGUUAAUUCAUACACGGGGCUGGACAAACUUGAAGAUGCCAUUGCUGGUACAAAGGUUUUGGUCCACAAGUAUACUAAAUCUGUCUUCGCAUUGCAACCAAAGUUUUUGGAGCUUGAAUCUGAUCUCGAAAGUGUCAAAGAUGACCUAACUGUACUCAAUGACAAGGCAAUUGAGCUGUCCUGUACUGCAGUUCAGUUGCUAAAGACUUUGGACAAAACCUAUCAAAGCUGGGACAACUUACGAUCUGAGAGUGUGAACCUCUUACUAAAGAUACAAGAGUUCUUGGACGAGUUGAAGCGAUCAAACCACACGGGUGGGAACACAGAGGAGGCCAUCAGGAUGUUAAAAGAAGCCCGAUGGAUGUUGGAGAAGAUGCGAAGGCAGAGCUGCAGGGUUCAGAGAGAGCUGGCUAACCAGGAGCUCAGAAAAGCACUAACACUACUCAACCUCAUCUUGAAUGACCUGAUGAUUCCUCUAAAUGGCUCCUUGGCUGUAGCUGAUGGUAUUGGACAGAAUCUCAUGGAUUGGAUGGAAGAUCUUCGAGAUAUACAAGAGGCUCUUAUAGACGCACAGCUUGAUGUGAUCAAGUCCAAUGGUGUGAAUAAACUCAACGAGGAACAGCUGAAAAAUGUUUCGAAGCAGUUGAAAGUAUUGAGUAAAAAUCAAGGAAAUAUCCUAGCCAAUGUGAACAUGACCAGAAGGACACUAAAAGAGACAAAGGAUCUUCAGGAAAUGAUGGAUGACCUAACAGAGGAAUUGUCUCAUCUUGCAGCUUUGAUUGACGGAGCAAAAACCGAUCUAGAUGCAAAACUCGAGCUACUCUCCAGCGCCACUGCUAAGCAGGGAAUUGUGAGACGGGCUGAGGAGCACGCGCAGGAACUUAUGAAGCUGGCUAUGGACUUUCAAAUGGUCAUAGUGAGCAUCACCAACUCAACCGCUGUUCAGAAAGCAAUCGAAGCCAUCAGAGCAUUCACAGACAUCACUGAUGCCAUAAAGGAGGCGGAAGCUGCCGCCAAACGUGCCAAAGAAGCGGCAGACCAGGCUUUCGAAAAUGUGCGAGGACAAGAUCUACAAAAUAAAGCCAAGGAUCUGAAAAAUUAUGCAAAUACUCUUCUAGUGAAAUCCAAGGAAGCGGAGAUACAGCUAGAAGAUGUCACACAGAUAUGUGAAGCUUACAAGAACCUGAUCCAACAGGCCGAAAACAAACAGAACGAGCUGAAGCAAGUCAUGCGAGAUGUGUUGGAGAAGAUGAACAACAUCAAAAGAGACGAUAUUGGCGAUCUCAUCAUCCAAGCCAAGGAAGGUGCUUCGGAUGUGAACGCCACAGCAAGUGAUGCAAUAAUCAGAAUGCAGAACAUCAGCGAAGAACUGAAGAAAAUGAAUAUUUCCCCUCAAGAUUCAAACCUGGACGACUUACUCGAUGGUGUCAACAAAACAUUAACACAACUGGAUCAGUCUUUCCCUUCACUAAUUGACAAACUGCACAAAGUGGAGAACCAAAGUGAGCAGAUGCCUGGUUCAGCCAACAUUUCCAGCAGUAUCCAGAGAAUCAAAGACUUGAUCGAACAGACCAGAGACGCGGCCAACAGAAUCAGGGGGCCGAUCUUGUUCUCCGGUGAUGCUCACAUUGAACUUCGACCUCCUAAAGACCUGGAAGACUUCCGAGCCUUCACGGUUCUUACUCUUACGCUGCACCAACCAAAAUCUCGAGGCGACGGAAGGCGUAGACGCCAGCUGGGUGAUGAAGAUGACCAGUUUGUUCUUUACCUUGGAAAUAAACAUACAGUCAAGGAUUUCAUUGGCCUGGUUGUGAGGAAUGGUGUCCUAUUUUGUGUCUACAAACUGGGCGGCUAUAUUCAUGAGAUAGAGACCAGCGAAAUCACCAAGUCCAGCAAUGACAAAGCCUUUAUGGAUAGGGUCGAUUUCCGCAGAGUUUAUCAAGACGCACAGGUCAUAUACACACAGACUUUCACAUCAACUGAACCCAAAGAACUGCAGGCCAUGAUUAAUCGGCCUGGAUCCAGGAAUGGAUUGCUCGAUAUGGAUCCCAAUGAGGUCGUUUUAUACGUGGGCGGAUACCCAAGCAAUUUUACGCCGCCUGCAGAGCUUAGGUACCAAGGAUUCAAGGGCUGUAUUGAGUUUUCUACUCUAAAUGAUCAUAUCCUCGGCUUGUACAACUUUCAACGUGCCGUCAACAUCACAAAAAACGACUUGUGUCGAAGGGGAAAAGUCAGCACAUUGGGGUAUUAUUUUGAUGGCACAGGCUACGGAAAGGUUGAUAUAUCAAGUUCGAACUCUUUUAUUAAGUUCUUUGUUCUGAGUCAUCAAAUGGAUGCUGUGCUUUUUUACAUGGGAGACGAGAACACGUACUUCUUUGUUACAUUGGAAGGAGGCUAUAUUGUUUUGCGAGGAGAAAACAAUGACACAAUCAUUUUUGAAAAGUCCAAAGUAAAAGUAUUUCCCAAAACAAACUUCAUCCAGAUCAGACUGACUAUGAAUGAUAAAAGACCAACAACAAUACUUGUCACAGAUUACAUCAACAUUUUUUUGGGAUACGUCAAAGGGCUCUUCAAAGAGGCCUACAUUGGGGGUGUUCCAAUUGCAGUCCGGGAAAAAUAUAAUAUUGUUCUUCCAUCACUUAGAGGGUGUGUCAAAAACGUCCAGGUAGAUGUCACUUCUAGUUUUACAGAGGAAGUUGGAAUUGUCCAAGGUUGUCCAAAUCCUUUACUGGGUUCCCGAGAGGCUACUUUUGAAUUUGGAAGUUCUUUGUCGGUGUUACCCACUAAUAAAGAGACAGACUCUGAGACAAUGGUUUCACUUGGAUUUAAGACAUCCCAGGAAAAUAUUCCAGCCUUAGUACAGACUGGUGGAAUGAAUAACGACUUUUUGCUGUCUUUGAAAGACGGCUUUGUCGAAAUGAGUGAUCGUAAGGAAAAAUUAACAUCCAGAAACAAAUGCGAAAUUGGAAAAUGGCACUACAUAACGGCCUACAGAAGCAGCGGGGGGAUGCAGCUAAACGUUGACAACACAGACAUUGGAGAUCCACCAUUGUCAUCCACAAUCGAUGAACUCGAUGAAAAUUUUAUUUUGGGGGAGGGUUUAUUUGAAGGCUGUUUGAGGAACUUGUAUUUACGGAGUCCACAGAGCGGCUACAUUCCAGCCGACUUGAGCAGAUUCAAUCAGACUGGAAGUGUAUCUUUGGGAUUCUGUAAAGCAGAGCGCCCCCCUCUGGACACCAUUAAGAAGCGUAGUAGUGGGUUUAAACUCGCAGUUUUGGGAAGCUUUAAACAAGGCUGCAGAAACACAAAAUCUGUCAAACACACCUACCAUCUUGGAUCCAACAGCCAAAUGCAGUUUAAAAUAGAUCCGCAGGAGCUCAAUAACUGGCCCCAUUUCUCCCUAGACAUCCGCACCACAUCAUCUGAAGGACUUUUACUCCACAUCUCAGGGACACAUGGUGUUCCUCUUGUGAUCCUGUAUUUGGAUGAUGGAAAAGUCAAACUCUCUGUUGGGGCAGAUAAAGUGAUUUCCUCUCAGGAGAUCAGUGAUGGUGACUGGCACAAUAUCAAGUUCAGAAUGAAGAAACACAAAUUUGGUUUAGCUGUGGAUGGUGUUCAAACACCCGAUGGACAGCAGUUGAAAGGAUUCACACAUGAUCUGCAGUCUCCUGUCUAUGUGGGACACGGACAUCUUCAGACGCUUCACAAAACAUAUGGAGAAGUCCCUCAUAAGAGUAUAGUCGGAUGCAUCCGUGACCUCAGGGUUUCCAAGGUUCUCUUUGUGGAUCCAGCUGUCAAUCAUGGGGUCAUGCCCUGUUUUAAAGGAGUGACGGAGAAGGGGGCGUAUUUUGCUGGAAAUGGCGCACAUUUAGUUUUAGAAAAGUACCUUAUCUCUGGUUCUACGUUUGACUUGGCUUUUGAAAUUCGACCCAGGAACCUCACCGGCCUUGUUUUCCACAAAAGCGAUAACCAUGGACGGACACUCACUCUUUUUCUCAAGAGAGGAAAGGUGGUGGUGAAAGCAAACGACGGAGAGCACCGCUAUGGCACCGCAUUGACCCCAACACGACCCCUCUGUGGUGCGUUUCACCAUGUGGCAGUGUCCUUCCGGCGGAAAACUAUCGAGCUGAAAGUAGAUGAAGCAACAUCACGAGUCAGACAGCGUUCUGUAUCACGUACUACAGAGCAAGAAACGAUCUACAUCGGUGGCGUUUCAGAGAACGUGAGAGAAGGAGUGGAGAUGCGGACAUCUUAUGUGGGGUGUUUGCGGAACGUACGGCUUAAUAAAAAUCCUGUCUCAUUUGAGGAUGUGAGUGUAUUCGGCCCCAUAAACACUGGCGAGUGCCCGGCGGAAUAAUGGAAGGAUGAAACACAAAACAAGCACUGAAUAAAAAAAAUAAAUGUAUUGUUUCAGGAAUUGGAUUGGAA